GCUUUUGAAUAUUAUUUAAAAAGUACCAAAGCCGAAUAUGGACAUUGUUGUGGAAUGUAUAAUGUUGGUCGGUGUUAUCAGAACGUGAUAGAAGUAGAAAAGAAUAAAGAUUUUGCAUUUGAAUGGUAUUUAAAAUUGGCUGUUAUGAGACAUAAUUGUAAUUGCAAGUAA